AUGACACAUCUAAGUGACUUUAGCUUCUUGCUAUGGACACUGGAUAAAUUCUCUUGUUUACAUCCCAAGAGGUUUCAGCAAGGCGAAUUAAAAAAUAUAACGUCUGUAAAAAUAAAAUAUGAAGAAGGCUUUGCAAAUGUCUUAGGUCGUAUAUUUACAAAGCCAGAAGUAAUGUGGACAGAGGCUGAUCGAAAAUUAGUGAUUCCUACAGAGUAUAGUUUGUGUAUUGGCUUUUCUUUACAGACAGGAACAUUAGUGUUAUUGCAAUGUUUUUGGAACUAUCUUGCCAACUCUGUUGCAAAAGCAAGUUUUAUGAGCAGUAAAGAAUUUAUGUUUUAUAUAUGCUGGACUUUUUCUAGCUUUAUUAUUUUUCCUUUAUUACAAUAUAAUUUUUCAAGAGAGAUAUACGAACCAACUUAUAAAGAAAUCAUUCCUGAAAUGGUUUAUGGUAUUGAGUUAUUCAUAGUGGCAUGCCUUGGUGUUGUAUCUCAUUUCCGUUUCAAGAAACUCUUGAGUAGCUCUCGUGAUACAGUGAAUGGAAGAUCAAUUACUCAAAAGAUUCGAUACUUUCAAGAUGUAAAUAAAGUUCUAUCCACUGUUUUAUUUGGACAUGGGAUUUUAUUAACGAUCUUGAGUUGUGAUGGAUUAACGACGAGAAAAACAUUGAAUGCGCAUAAAUUCUCUGCCGAUUUUUUUAUUUGUAAUAUUAAUAUGUGUGCUGUCAUUACUUGGCUUUGUAUGAUUCUUAUUUUUCAUCCUAAGCAUACAUCGGGUCAUGAUACGAUAAAUGAAAAUGAUCGUAAUCCAUUUGCGGAUGGUGGUAAACAGCAAGUUCAAAAUGUGAGUGGUAUUAGUAGUACAAAUACAUAUGCACAUCAUGCUUCCACCUUCAUUCUUGGUGUUUCACGGGAAUCGAGUGAAUACACCUACAAGGAUAUCACAUACACGCAACACCCUUUAUCUAAAUCCUGGAUUGCACCUGAAGAGGAUAGCGUACGUAACGAUAGUGCCUUCCAGUUUGGCCCUCUUCCUAUACCACCUUCAGAUGAAUUCAUCUAUGGCUCCAAAAUGAAUUCAACUAUUUCAGCUGCACCCUCUAUGAGUACUUUAGUUUCCUCUCAACAACUCAUGACACAUCAUGGCAGUCAAGGUAAGAACAGUCGACGGUCGACGAAGGCAUCUAUCUUUAAUAAUGACACAGAUUACUUUAAAGCCAAUUAUCAAAUUCUGGAUGACAAGAAGACCUCAGCUACUAUCUUUCACCAACCACGUUGUGAAGAAUUAGAAAUGAAUGAUUUAGACAUGAAAAGAAAACUACAAUUGCACUCUUCCUCUAAAAAGGGUUUCCAUCAUUUAGAACAAGUUGACACGACUUAUGUUCCUCCACCUUUAUCUCCUGCUAGAAAGAGUCGUGAUAUUCAUCAUCAUGGGGUAGUCGCUUCAGAUCGUCGUCGUUAUAUGCAUUUUAUGAAUGUUGAAGCCUGUGAAGAAGAUAUGGAUGAAUUUGGUAUCAACAAGAGAAAGCAAUCAACUAAAGACGAUAUAACUGUCAUUCAUUUUCAAGAAGAACCAAAUGAAUUUAAACACUUUAAGCAACAACAACAUCAGUCUUAUAUACCUUCUUUUAAUCCUAAUCCUAAUAAUUUACAAAUUGAUAUUGAGGCUACAAAGAAAUAUCCUUUAGCGCACUCUUCUUUAUUAAUCAAGUCAGCAACCACUUUUGAUAAGACUCGUCAUUCAAUUAAAAAUGACAAAGCUAAUAGUAGUAAUAGUAGUGAUAGUAAUAGUAGUAGUAGUAGUAGUAGUAGUAGUAACAAUAAUUAUCAUACACCACCACCACCACCAACGACAUCUUUUUUUAAUAUUCCUACAGCAUCUUUCCAUCCUCCAAACUAA